AUGGAGAAGGGUCAAUUGCGACCGGAAGGAGGACGUCGCAACAGCGCGGCACGACGGCGUGAUCACAGAAGAACUGCCGUCAAUUACCAACGACGUCUGAACAAACACGGCGGACACGUGUUUGCGAGAUCCGAGCCAAUCUGCAUCUGUAAAUCGGCACAUCGAGAGCCCCUACCGUACAUUGGGCGCGUGUCGUUUUGAGAGCUUCGAAGCACGAACUGAAACCGUGAAAAAAGUAAAAAGGAGUUUUGAGAUGAACAUCUUAUAAAUUUUCAGUGGAUAACUCAUUCCGUUUCAGCUUGUCCUUUUUUCUGCAAAAAGACCUUAUAAAAAUUUGGACCAAAACUGACCAAACUUCCCUUCAAGACACAUCCUUUUUUACGAUGCCCCGCCCACAGUUUUUUUUUCGUAAUAUAUGACGUCUUAGGUGUAAACACAGAGCGGCGCGAACUCGCAUACUCGUUUUUUUAAAUCCUGCCUAUCAAUUAAAUUUAAUUUUUUUAUAAAAAAAGAGAAUUUUUUUCCUACAUUUCUUGCUUUUUGAUAGUUUCCACGUGUUUUUGACAUACCGAAAUGUCUUCAACUCGUCUCGAGGCUUUUGUGGAAGUUUUUCCCCCUUGAUCUCGUCUGGAGCUGAAAAACCUCAUCUCGUUCAUCCCUGAUUCGAAUCAUAUUAAUUGACCGAGGUUUUUUCGUCAAUCCAUCAGAUUAAGGUUCAUCAAUCCAAAACCAUUAAGGAUGGUUUCGCAAGUGAAUAUCGCGUUUCGCUCCAAGAAGAAGUAUAAACUGGACUUGUAAAGAGAAAUCUUUCAGUAUUCUCUCUCAAAGCUCAUUUUCAUCGCCUACAGUAAGUUAUAAUUGCGAUACACCUUUGUAGAACGUUUGAACAGUUGUUUGUCGUCAUUUCAAUUUUUAGUUGAAAUCAGUCAGACGAUGUUCCAGCCGAGAAGUCCGUAUCGCGUAUAAAUCAAGCAACCACAACAUGUAGAUUUAGGGGCGCCUGUCGUACUCGCUAGAUCCAAUCGAGACCCCCAAAAAAGGUCGUUCUCGUGGGAAUUUCCUGGGUUAUCUGACAGUCAUUCUCAGCUCAAAAGUUUUUUUUUCUAAUGUCCCACUCCAUUUUUUCUCUUUCCCAAGAGAAUGAAACAUUUGAAAAUGCACUUAUUUCAGGAGCUUAUUGAAAAAAUAAAUCCCUGACCUAAGCGUGAUCUUUUCAGGACACCCACGAAGAAAACGCGCCUUCCUUUCAGGCCACGAACCACCCGUCGCUUGA